AUGUCCGCCGCCCGCGCCCCCAACGGCGGCGCCGUGCAGACCGACGACUCCGUCUGCCCCGUCUGCAAAACAAUGCGCUACCUCAACAAAGACCUCGAGUUCCUCAUCAACCCGGAGUGCUACCACCCCAUGUGCGCCAACUGCGUCGCCCGCAUCUUCUCCGACGGGCCCAACCAGUGCCCCUACGCCGGCUGCCACAAGACGCUCCGCAAGAAGGGCUUCAAGUCCGCCUACUUCGGCGACCUCGCCGUCGAGCGCGAGGUCGACAUCCGCCGCCGCGUCGCCGCCGUGCUCAACAAGGUCGAGGACGACUUCGAGACCCUCGCCGACUACAACGGCUACCUCGAGUGGGUCGAGACGCUCACCUUCGACAUCAUCUCCGGCACCGACGCGGAAAAGAAGGCCGCCGAGGCACGGCUCAUCGAGUGGGAGCAGGCGCACCGCGCCGAGAUCGAGCGCAACCGCCGGCUGGCCAAGGAGUCCGAGGCGGAGCGCGUGGCGCGCUUCGAGGCCGAGAAGGACGAGGCGCGGCGCCGCCGCGCGGAGGCCAUGGAGGAGGACAAGGCCGAGAAGAAGAAGGAGCAGCGCAUGCGCGAGGAGAUGCUCGACGGCCUGGCCUCCGGCGACGUCGGCGAGGCCAAGCAGACGCUCAACCGCAUCCUGCUCAAGAAGCGCGGCCAGGGCCGGAUGGCCGCCGCCGCGAGCUCCCUCGCCGACGCCACCGGCAGCUCCGCGCCUGGCCUGUCCAUACGCGGCCUGAAGAAGGAGAAGAAGCGCGUCGUCGAGGAGAACAAGCCCUACGACCCCUUUGGCGGGCUGCGCCUCGACAUGGAGCGGUACGCCCUUGGCCCGCUGGACGAGUACCGCAACCCUUGGGUCGACGACGCGCGCAAGAAGGACGAGAUCGUGGUUGGCGGGUACAGUGCGGAGGAGUACCUGGGGCGGGCCAUGUUCGAGGCGUUCUCGGGGUUGGCUGUGUUUAUUGACGACGAGAAGGGGCCGGAGAAGGUCGCUACGGCGGAAGCUGCGGCAGCGGCCGCUACGGGAGUGACAAGUCAGAGGAUGGAAGUGGAUGACGUUUUCUAG